AUGUCUUCCAGUCCACUACUUUCUCCUUGCGACUCUUGCACCACGCUUCCGCUUAUCGACGAUUUCAACACCUCGAUCUUUCAGACGUAUCUCUCACUGCGAAUCGCCGAUCUAGUGCAGCACCAGAAAACAGACCAGGACAUUACGCUUAUCUACAACCACCAGGAGAUCGUCAUCCGCAUCUGCUCCGUGCUAAAUGUGAUCAACUCGUUCAUCGACAGCGACUCCGUUCGACUUUCGUUGCUGGACCUUACAGUUACACAUCUUCUCAUAUACUUGUACCAGGGCCAGAGUCACAUUUUUGGGACACGGUUUUACAUUGACCAAAUCUCACUAAUUCAUUUGGGCAAAGGCUACAAGUUUGAAAACAAAACCUCGCCCUACUUGCAUACGCUCAACAUCCAGCAGUUCAAUUCUUUUCUAGUUUGUAUUAAUAGCGACAGCACCAUAGGCUCACAGCCAACUCCUUCCAUCUACCAGUUCUUCAAUCUCAAGAACUACGUCAACGACCAUGUGGUUGUGAACGGAGUCAAGGUGAAAAUCGACAUGAAUUCACAGCCAGUCACUUACAUGGAUGGCUUUAUCAACAAGAUCAAGUCCAAGAACGGCAGACAGUCGUCGGUGGUGUCUAACACCAGCACUCUCACUUCUAAUUCUGUCAAUAGCCAGACGAUAGUUAGCAAAGUAGAGAGCCAAUCGUCCAAAUUGUCGAGAUCGGCUACAAAAGUUGGUCUAGACACCGGCAAGGACGCCGAUGACUUCAAGAGGCCUCCUCGCCAGCUCAGAAGAUCGUUGAAACGGUUCUUCUUCAAUCUGUAG